CUGUGCUCAGAGUAGGGAGCUGACAUUUCCGGGAGCUGCAGGACUCUCUCUAUUGGCUGAAGUCGGCGGAUCCUCCAGCAAAAACCCUCCUCUCGGGAAAAAGGCCAGACUUCAAAUGAUGUUUUAAAGUCUGCCUGUGUACCUCACUCCUGCAUUCUUCUCUCUCUUUUUCGUCCUUCCACCAAGAACCUGCUAGAUAUCACUUCCCCUACAGCUAAAAAACAUAAAGGUGAAGUGAAAGGCAGGCAGUGUGCUGUCUCUCUCUCACUCUUCAUCUCUGCCUUAUUGAGUGCUACACAUGGCUUCCUCACUUCUGUCCCGCCAGCUGGCCGUCUUCCUUCAGCAAAACCUGCGUCUUGCCGCUCCAGGUUCCAGAUAUGUCAGCAAAACUGCCACAAAAACAGUUUCUGAGUUUGAAUAUGACGCCCCAUCCAUGAAGACUGUUGUGCCAGGUCCAAAGUCCCAGGAGCUGAUGAGACAACUUGGAGAGAUUCAGAAUGUUGGAGCGAUUCAUUUCUUCUGCAACUAUGAGGAGAGCAGGGGGAACUACCUGGUGGACGUGGACGGCAACCGAAUGCUGGACGUGUACACACAAAUCUCCUCUAUUCCCAUUGGUUACAAUCAUCCAGCCUUAAUGAAAGUGAUGACCAAUCCAAAUAAUAUGAGUGCAUUUGUCAACCGGCCGGCACUUGGUAUCCUGCCACCUGAGAACUUUCCAGACAAACUGGUCGAGAGCCUGCUGUCGAUUGCCCCCAGUGGAAUGACGCGAGUACAAACCAUGGCCUGUGGUUCCUGCUCCAAUGAAAAUGCUUUUAAGUCCAUGUUUAUCUGGUACAAAAAUAAGGAGAGAGGAUACUCCAACCCCUCUGAGGAGGAAGUCAGCACUUGCAUGAUCAACCAGAGUCCUGGAUGCCCAGAUUUGAGCAUCUUGUCUUUUAUGGGAGCUUUCCAUGGGAGAACUUUGGGUUGCCUGGCUACAACACAUUCUAAAGCCAUUCACAAGUUGGAUAUACCGUCCUUCGACUGGCCUAUCGCACCUUUCCCUAAGCUGCAGUACCCUUUGGAGGAGUUUGUAAGGGAGAACGCCCAGGAAGAGGCCCGCUGCCUGGAGGAGGUUGAGGAUCUCAUCGUGAAGUGGAGGCAGAAGGGCAAACCGGUCGCUGGCAUUGUUAUCGAGCCCAUCCAGGCAGAGGGAGGGGACAACCACGCCUCACCUGACUUCUUCAUCAAAUUGCGAAAUAUUGCGCGCAAGCAUGGCUGUGCUUUCCACGUGGAUGAGGUGCAGACAGGUGGAGGAGCAACAGGCAAGUUCUGGGCUCAUGAGCAUUGGGGUCUGGACGACCCUGCUGAUAUUGUUUCCUUCAGCAAGAAGAUGCUGACAGGAGGAUACUACCACAGGGAUGAACUGCAAGCAGACAAACCCUACAGAAUCUUCAACACCUGGAUGGGAGACCCCUCAAAGAAUCUGUUCUUAUCAGAGGUGCUUAAUGUGAUCAGAAGAGAGAACCUUCUGGAAGAGGUGACGCGCUCCGGGAAGGCUCUGAUGCAGGGCCUUUACGCACUGCAGAACCAGUACCCUCAUAUCCUGAGUAGCGCCCGUGGCCAGGGUACAUUCUGUGCCAUAGAUGCCUGCGACGAUACCACACGCAACAUUAUCAUGAUGAAGGCCAGGAACAAAGGUGUGUUUUUGGGUUCCUGUGGAGAAAGGUCCAUCCGUUUCCGCCCCGCUCUUGUCUUCAAGGAGUACCAUGUCCAUCAGCUCCUGAACAUCCUGAACGACGUUCUGGCUGAGCAUAAAUAGAGUUCUGGCUGCCAGGUCGGCCUUGAUUAUGAAACAUAUAGGGGUCCAAGCCCACUCAAGGGUUUAUACCAGCCUGUCACAAUUAAUUGAUCACCGUCUUUCUCUCUCUUUCCGUCCGCUCUCUUCCUGUCAUGUCUAAUUAAGAAGUAAAAAAAAUCUGUUUUCUAUCUCUUUUUAUUUAGCUGAUGCAGAUUUUGCCCUGCUGCUACAUUGCCCCCCCACCUCCCUUUUUUUUUCUUUUACCAAGGGUGGGCAGAUUGAAGAUCUGAAGGAGUAUACAGGAAUUAUCCCAAUAGUAUUGCCCCCAAUUCAGCAUCACUCAAAUGAUAUAUUAAAAAAAAAUCUCUCUUGCUGAUGUCGCAACUUCGUUUGUGAACAGUAAGGUUAUUCAAGACCAGAAAGUUUCACAAAAAGUCCUUUGAUUUGAAAGUCAGUUGAAUAAAGCAAUAGAGACCUCAGAGAUAGUACAGGAUUGCAAUAUUUCUUAUUUCCCUGUAUAUGUCAAAUAAAAACAGUCCGGGUCUGAGCUUUUGGAAGUUAACAUGAAAAGAUGAGUGGUCACUGUGUAUGACAUUAAAACUACAUGAAAGUAGUUACUACUGUCUUAUUAAUUAUAUCAUUUAUUAAGCUAAAAUAGAACUAUUUUAGUAUCUAUAAAGAAAUGGCUGCACUGGAAAUGUCUAGUUUGUAAUUUUGCAUGACGACAGAUUGAAUGAGUACCUGAAUAUUACGGUCCUCUCUGAAUUAAAAGCAUGUGUGAAAGACAAGUCGUGGAAGCAUUGUUGGACUGAUUGCGUCUCGAGGCGCUGGAGAGAGCUGAUGGAAAGCUGGAAAAAGUGAGAAGGUACAGAGAACUAUAGAGCCUCUAUUCCCAUUUAAACAGGAUGUCUGUUGAGCCAAUAACCUUCAAGCAAUCAGAAAGUCCCUUUUAUUGAGGUGGCUGUUUUACUGUAAUGUUCCUCAAUCAUAAAGAGCCAUUGUCGUUACUGUGAUGCGAAGCCUCUGAUUUGAAUCCCAGUGAGAUGAACAGAAUGAUGCCAGCACAAAACAUUUAAAGCACAACCUGCUGUGGUAAUGUGAGGGCUUAUGUUGCAGCAUUAACAGGAUUUCAUAAUUGACAAUGAAAGAUAUAUAUUUUAACAGCCGAACGUCUACCUGAUAGAACAGAAAUCCGCCAGAACACGUUUUAAAAGCACAAGCUUGGGGCCGCUCAGCUUAGCGUCCAUUCUCUGCUCAGGUGAACAUGAUCCCCUCAUGUUUCUUAUUACAGGCCAUGUAAUAAAAAGGUAUGUGGUAGAUAACAUCUACAAGGUCAUCUUUACUUAAUGGCUAUCACAGCCUAUAAAUGGUUAUCAUCCUUGGGGUGAUUCUCCUGUUCCAGUUGCUCCAAGCUGAAAGAGUGAACAUCCCUUCAGCUUGGUUUGUUUCAGUCGUCCUUUCCUUUUUAAAUAAACCCCAGUAUGUACUUAAUGUAGUGAGAUUAUGCAAUGCUCAUUGUGUAAGCUUUGUUAGUGAAGACCACGUUGUUUACAGCCGAAUCAGUUCCUUAUUUAACUGACAUUAACUCUUCAAAUAUAAAUGUAUAAAAUCACAAACUCUCUAACAGUGUUAUUCCUUUGUGAUAUUGUGUCCCAUGUCAGUGUAAUGUAGAAAUGUUUUGGAUGCCUUUUAAAUGUUCCUUUUUAAUGUUGUGGACAGGCAGCAACAGUGACUCGAGAUGUAAAAGCUGUGUCUGUUUGUACUCGGCAAAGUUAGUAUUUAAUUGAGAAAUGUGUAUUGUUGAUACCCAUAUUAACAACUACAAAAAACCUGCAAAUUGUUUACACUGUUAUAUGUAGUAAAAUUAGAAAAAAAAUAUUGAGAUAAUUUCUACAUAAAACCUUAAUGUUGUCUGAGGAAGUUAUAAAAUAAAUAUGACAAUUUGAA